AUGUAUGUCAGAGAGACUACAGAUUCUUACGAAAUUGCUACAGCUCCAAGUUUUGGAUCGAUUCUAAAAGGAACAAGUUUUAUUUAUUCAUGUUUUGGCAAUCGUUCAAAGAGUAGUAACUCGGACAUAGAUGGAAAAUCUCCCUUUCUAUCCGCUCAUGAGAAAGAUUCAAUGCAAAAUCUUGCUGGAGAAAUAUCUCUUGGUCAUGGUUGCAGCUUCACUCAGACAAUUUUCAAUGGGAUUAAUGUGAUGGUUGGAGUUGGCCUUAUAUCUGCACCUUAUACGGUGAAACAAGCUGGUUGGGCUAGCAUGUUGGUGAUGACUCUUUUCACAGUUGUUUGUUGUUAUACAGCCAUGCUUAUGAGACAAUGCUUUGAAAGUAGAGAAGGACUCACUAGCUACCCAAAUAUAGGAGAAGCUGCAUUUGGUAGAUAUGGCCGUAUUUUUGUAUCUGUGAGUUUUUCUAUUUCUUUACCAUGA